AUGCGAAUGAAUCCGAUUUGUUCCCACGAGUGUGUUAACACGGUGGGAUCGUUCGAGUGUCGAUGCCCGGAGAACUUUCACUUGAACAGUGAUCGGAGAACCUGCGUGAGGGAUUUCUGUGCUGAUUUGUACGAGAACCCGAACAAGACGAGAUGCUCGCACGAGUGUAAGGACGGGACGGAAGGGUUCGUGUGUAGCUGCCCGGAGUUUUACAUUUUAGACGAGAUGGAUGGGAAGACUUGCAGGAAUGUCUAUAGCUGUGGGGAGGAGUAUAAAAGGAGAUGCAAUCCGGGGAUUUGUCGAAUGGUGGAUGGAGGCGAUUAUCGGUGUGAGUGUCCGACUGGGUAUCAGCAGCAUGAUCACAGCUGCAGGGAUCUGGAUGAGUGUGAGUCUGGUAGACAUCGUUGUUCACACAAUUGUCGCAAUACGGCAGGGGGUUACGAGUGCAGUUGUCCGAAAGGUUUGACGCUGUCGGGUGAUGAGCACACCUGUGACGACGUUAAUGAGUGUGAGCAGGAACAGGAGGAUGAUGAUCUUUGUGGAGAUUUGCAGUGUUUGAAUACGUAUGGAAGUUACAAAUGUGUUUGUCAAGAUGGAAAGGAGCUGGAUGAGUACGGGAUUUGUAGACAGAUGGAUCUGUGCACUACGGAUAAUGGAGGUUGUUCACAUAUUUGUACUUUCUUCAACCGGGAAACGUUCUGUGACUGUCCCGAUGGGAUGGAGCUCGCUGAUGAUGGUAAGACAUGUGAGGCGAUCAACGAGUGUCAGUUGAAUAACGGAGGUUGCUCACAUGGUUGUGAUCCGGAAGCAGAGAUCAUCUGUCACUGUCCAGAUGGGUAUGUUCUGGGUCAUGAUCAACGUACCUGUCAAGAUGUAAACGAGUGCCAUGAAGACAACGGAGGCUGUACACAGGCUUGUCUCAAUUUUGAAGGCGGAUACAGGUGUAGUUGUUUCGAUGGUUUUGAACCGAGCCACGGGGAUAGUAAGUCCUGUGUAGAUGUAGACGAAUGUUCACAGAAUCAGGCCGGAUGCGAUCAUACCUGUCACAAUACGCCGGGAUCGUUCCACUGCUCCUGUCACAGUGGCUACCGACUAUCGGAAAAUGGAAAAUCCUGUGUUGACAUCAACGAAUGUGAGCAUCGGAAUGGAAACUGUUCACAUAUCUGCAUCAAUCUUUUGGGAGGUUAUCAAUGUGCCUGUCCGCAGGGCCAGUACCUGAUGGAAGAUCAACAUUUGUGUGACUUUGUCAACGAAUGCGAACUGAAUAACGGUGGUUGUUCUCACGGAUGUUUCUAUGAACGGGGCGUCGUAACCUGUACCUGCCCGAAGGGAUUCGAACUGGAGCGGGGAAACUUUAAAACUUGUGUUGACAUUAAUGAGUGCGAUCGACGUAACGCAGGUUGUUCACAUACUUGUUCCAAUCUCCCGGGAAAAUAUCACUGUAGUUGCCCAACUGGUUUUGAACUUGGUAGAAACAAACACAUCUGCGAGGACAUCGAUGAAUGCAUUGAAAACAAUGGUAACUGCACAAAUAUCUGUAUCAAUCUUCUUGGGGACUAUCGUUGUGCCUGCGAAGCGGGAUUCGAACUGGAAGAAGAUCAACUAUCCUGUAGAGAUAUAGAUGAAUGCGAAGGGAAGCUAAACGAUUGUUCUCACAUUUGCGUGAACGUUCCAGGAACUUACGAGUGCGAAUGUCCCGAGGGAUUCCGGCUAGGUAGAGGUAAACUGCUGUGUGAAGAUAUCAACGAGUGUCAGGAGAUUCCGGAUAACGCCGGGUGUGAUCAGAACUGUAUCAAUCUACCGGGGUCGUACCGUUGCGGAUGUGAAGAUGGUCAUCGACUGGGCGCCGAUAACCGAACUUGUUCGGACAUUGACGAAUGUUCGGAUGAACAUAAGAAGUGUACUCAUGACUGUGUCAACACAAGGGGAGGAUACGAAUGCUCUUGUCCAGCUGGAUUAAGGCUAGACGUAGAUAGGGUGACCUGUGUAGACAUCGACGAAUGUAGAAUCAACAACUUCAAUGGAGGUUGCUCACACGUUUGCGAGAAUCAGUUUGGAAGCUUUAGCUGUUCAUGUCCUGGAGGUUGGGUUCUGGGUGAAGAUCAAGCUACUUGUCAAGACGUUGAUGAGUGUGCAGACUUAAACGGAGGCUGUAGUCAAAUUUGCGUGAAUCGUCGUGGAGGAUUCCACUGUGCCUGUAACUCCGGGUUCACCUUGAUGGCCGAUAACAAAACUUGUGAAGUGAACAAUCCCUGCUCUGUGCAAAAUGGAGGCUGUGAACACUUUUGUACCUUGAAAAAUGAAGUCCCUGUGUGUUCUUGUAGAGAAGGCUACGUAGUCAAUAAAACAAAUCUAUCCAGCUGUUUAGACCAUGAUGAAUGCUUGGUACCAGCAGAUAACAAUUGUCAACAAAAGUGUGUCAACACGAUCGGUUCAUUCAAUUGUGAGUGCUUCCCGGGAUAUGAACAAAACGCCUUAGGUCAGUGCAUAGAUUUGAACGAAUGCUCAGAAAAUAGCAACAUCUGUGGACUCAAUGCUAAAUGCGUAAACUUAGCUGGCAGCUACCGAUGUGUUUGCCCUCCUGGACACAAACUGGGCAGGGAUCGCAAAACCUGCUUGGAACUUAAAGACAACUGCCAAGUUAUGGUCCCACCGAAAAAUGGUGAAGUAAGGUGCUCUCGAUCACGCCAUAAGACUCAACUUUUCUAUCGAACGAAAUGUUCCGUUUGGUGUAACAAAGGCUUCAAAUUGGUCGGAAGUUCAACGAAGCAUUGCAACGGAACUGGCCAUUGGGAUGAGGGAGAAUCCGUUUGUGUUCCUCAAUCCUGUCCCCGAAUUCCGCGACCGGAGCACGGAACAAUUCUCCCACUAGCCUGCAUGAAUGGGAAAAUCUUUGCCGGUGAGCGUUGCAUCCUGCACUGCAAACCUGGAUUCAAACCGAUCGGCAAGCGGACAGCGGUCUGUGACGUGGAGCAAAAAUGGACCCCAACUCCCAACAUGAAAUGCGUCCCAACGACAAUCGCUGUAACGACAGAAGCUCCUCCAACAGUUAAACCCUUCAUCCAAUGUCCGCCGGAUGUAAGUGAGGUGCUCCCAGUUGGACAGUAUUCGAUGAGGGUGCGUUUGGUGCAGCCGAAAACUAACGUGGAUUGGUAUGCCAAUGUGGAUGCGCAUCCCGCCUGGGGUAAGCAGCUAGAGGCGGAACUUCCGGCCGGGGAGACGACGGUGACGUUUAGAGCAAGGAGUCCAAACUCUAAUAUGAACGAUGUGUGUCGGGUGUUGAUAAGGAUAAAAGAACGUCGACCUCCACAAGUGUUGAACUGUCCGGAUUCAUUCAACGUUCAGUUGGAGCGACAAGAAACAUCACGAUCCAUCUUCUGGACCGAGCCUGUUUUCGAAAGUGAAUCAUCCGAAAUCAAGCAGCUGUACAAAUCCCACACGCCCGGACAGGUGCUUAUCGCCGGAGUGCAUUACGUAAACUACGUUGCCACUGAUGCCGAUGGCCUGAGCGCCAAGUGUAGCUUCGGAGUAACCGUUAAAGCUUCCCCGGAAUCGUUCGACAUCAGACGUCCUCAGCAGCAUCGCUCAUCCCAGCCAGAUUUCAGCAACCGACUCGAGAACCAUGAAUCGUAUCUUAUUUGUCCGGGAAAACCUCCGAUCCGAAUGGACUCCAGCGGACCCGUUUACGUCCCUCAAGGAUGUGUGAUGAAAAAUGUCCGCAUCAAGCAGAAGCUGGCUCGACUGCGCCAUCAGCAACAGGUACUUCAGAGGCACCUGCAGGAGCUGGAGGAAGCGCCCAAUCCGGACCAGACGGCCAUCCAGCAGCAGCACAAACGAUACAAUAAUCUGCUCCGGUACUAUUCAACAUGGGACAACGCUCAGCAGAGAACACAUUCAAACCAUUACGGCGAACAUCAACGAACAACGGAAUACAACUCACAUCAACAGCAUCCGAUUCAUCACAAUCGAAGAUGGUUCAGAAAACGAAGCAAAGAUGAGCGCCAUGAACCCAACCCCGAGCAUGCUGUUCACAAUGUAGAGCCACUAGUGGAAUUCGAUUAACUAUUUUACUGAGAAUAAUUAGAAAUUCGUUCUAAUCAACUGGGUAUACCUAAACAAACUAGCUAGCAACUAUUUACACUUUUUUCUUAGUUCGAAACUAUUUUUAAACAAAUACUAAUCCAUUUAAGUGUUCCAAUCAAUUCAGUCAUAAAAAGUAUUAAGCCUCCAAUGUACGAAAUAAUGAAACGUGGUGUGACUGUGAGCAUUUCCUUCUCAAGAACUAGCAGAAGAAAAAAACAACAAAGAAAUUCUAAACUAUCUAAAAAAUCUUAACUUCGAGUUAAUCCCUCAAAUGCACUUAAAGAGAUGUAAGACGAGAUACAUAACGAUACCCUAGAACGUCGGUAGAAACUACAAGAUAAGAAAGAUUAAGUAGAAAAAAAAUCACCGGUAUGAUAGCAACAACAAUGGAAUUUGAAUGAGUGGCUGGUAGUACAAGAUGUAAAUCAAGGUCGAGAUGCUUCAAUGUAGGAAGCGGAUGUAAAGGGCACAUGGUCAUGGAUGAGAGCAGACAAGAUCAAGCGAAAUGGAACAGAGAAUAAAGUGGAUAAAGGCCCUUCUUGCGUCUUGCUAGCAGGCAGAGAAUGGAAACUGAGCUGGGAAGAUGUUGGUUUAAGGAGGUUCGUGCCUUUCCCGGAAAAGAAAACUGAAGCGAAGCAGCAAAAAAGUAAACGAAAGAAAGAAAAUGCGAUGAAAAAUUAUUAAUCUAAAAAGCAUGAUAUGGAGGAAUGCGAGAGCGAGUAUAAA